GCUGCACAUGCGUGUUAGACAAUGACGUACCAAUAACGGACCCGGAAAUACAACACAAAUGGUAAAUACAGUUGUGAAAGCUGUGUUGUUACUUUCUACAAGAUGGUGUACGUGUCUAAUGGUCAGGUCCUGGACAGCAGGUCCCAGUCACCGUGGCGACUGUCAUUACUGGUCGAUCUCUUCUGGGGAGUAGUGGAUUUUAUCGGCCUCUUUUUUAAGACAUUAGUUCACCCAGAUUUGAAAAAGGAUGGUAACUGUGGUUCGUCACGCUUCACUGAUGGCAGAGGUCCUCCAGGUCCGCCUGGUGGCAGAAGGCGGAUGGGAAGAGUAACCCACGGUGGAGGAGCCAGCCCUCCACCAAUGGGUGGAGGAGGAUGAGGAAGGUGA